UUAAAUUUUAUAUUAGAGUAAAAUUUUAGAAUAUAAAUUUUAAACAUACAUCAACUAUUAAUCAUCAACUCUCAAUAAUUCAAUUUUAUCAAAUAAACAAUCAAUUUUAUGUUAUAAAAUAAUUGCAAUAAUACACAAAUAUUAGAUCACACAGACCAAAUAUAUAAAAUGUUAAGUUUUUGAACAUAAAUUAACAAAUUGUAAUAAGCAAACAAUUGAGUAUAAUAAAUAAAGUAAUAAACAGCAGAAAAACUCCAGCAGGUUUUCAUAAUAAUCAAAUACAGCGAUCUACAGCGUCAUCUGAAAUACCAUCUGACGUUCAAAAUUUCAUCUUUCCAGUGCCACCUGAAGGCCCGUAAAAGAAUCACUCGAGUUAAGGUUAGUUUUCCGUGUCCAUCCCACUACCUUAUAUAUAAAUUGUCAGUGUUGACUCUGUGUAAAAAUUACACCAAAGUUUGUUGUUAUUAAAAUUCUCCCUCGUCGCCUGUGUAAAAACAACUCUCUUUAUCAUCCUCACCGACGUCGCAUUAACCGUUCAACGUAAGAAGAAGCUCUACGCGCGAUAGAAUUUAUCGAAAAAGCCAAGGGGGAGUAGCAGCAUUAAUUGUUUACCAAGUGACGUUUCGACACACCAGGCAUCAGACAGCGAAUUCCUCGUCUCUGUCACUCGCAUACCUACGCAACGAGAUUGGCUCUAUUUUUUACGCGAGAGACAGAGAGGCGCGAGCGGUUUCCGCACGAGCAGACGGGACUGUUUCCCAAUUGGCAUUUAAGAUUCUCGCGAAUUUGAAGAAAUUCUAUACCGAAUGCAGGAGAGUCCUUACGCUCGCCGCCGCUAUGGAGAGCAAGAGCUGCAACAAUUUCAUAAGCUACGUCGGCUUCGAGGAACAUGAGAUGCAGAAUUUGGGCAACAGCCGACGAAAUUCUAUAAAUGAAAACAACAUUAAGUUAUUACCAGGAGAGGCUGUUGUUGCAAAGGCUCAAAAUGUCCUUAUGUUUGAACCAGUAAGUGAGUCAAAGCAAGGAAUUUCAGGAGUUUUAUCAGUUACUAAUUUUAAACUCACGUUCAUUACGGCAGAUGAUAAUGGAGAUGAUAUUUACCAACAAAAUCAUCUGUAUGGUUACACAGAUACAUGCUUAUCGAACAUCGAUACUAUUUAUUUAAUCAUAGGAGACAAGAAGAAAUCAAAGCUUGUUCCAGGAGCAUCAGUUCCAUCAAAAGUCAAAGGAAUUUUUAUAAUAUGUAAAAAUUUACGGACGUGGUCAUUUUCUUUUAAAUUUUCACCACUUGGAGAUGGAAAAAAUAUAUUAAAUGCUCUAUUACAUCAUGCAUUUCCCACCAAGCAUCAUUUACUCUUUGCUUAUGAAUAUACGGAGCCUUAUUAUAGCAGUGUAUGGAAAGAAGUUAAUUUAUUUCGCAAUCUUAGUGACUGGAAUGAUGAGUUAGAUCGUACCUAUUGUAAAGUAGCGCAUUUAAAGAAAGGCUGGCGGUUGUCCUUAGCUAAUGCUAAGUUUCAAAUGUGUCCCAGCUUGUCUGAGUAUAUAAUCGUCCCUGUAUCUGUGACUGAUAGUCAAUUAUUCAAAGCAGCUCAGCACUUUCAAGGCAGUAGACCUCCAGUUUGGUGUUGGUCAAAUGAACAAGGUGCUGCGCUAGUCAAAAUGUCUGAACUUUGUCCAAGUAUUACAGAAAGAACUCAAGAAAAUAUUAUGUUAGAAAAUAUUCGUAAGAGUAAUCCGCGAAAAUUACAACCGGAGAUUAUCGAGUUAAGUAAAGAUAUUAGUGUCAAGGCUGUUUCUUCGAGUUUUUCCAAAUUUGUCCAUUUAUGUUCUCCAGAGAGUGUUAGGCAAUUCUUAAUACAAGAAAAUAAUUUUUAUUCUUUGUUGGAAAGUACAAAGUGGUUGAAAUAUGUGUCAUAUUGUUUACAAAAAUCUGUUGAGGCUAGUGAAUUGUUAAAUAGUGGAGUCCCUGUUAUAUUACAAGAAGGUACCGGUAGAGAUGUUUGUUGUAUUAUUUCAAGUUUGGUUCAAUUAUUGUUAGAUCCAUAUUUUCGAACGAUAACAGGGUUCCAAUCUCUGUUACAAAAAGAAUGGGUUGCCGCUGGGCAUCCUUUUUGCGACCGCCUUGGCCAUCUAAAAAAUGAUGGUUCAGAAAAGUCGCCCUUAUUUCUUCUGUACCUGGACUGCGUUUGGCAACUGUGUCAACAAUUUCCUGCUGAAUUCGAAUUCACAGAAACGUAUUUAACGACGCUGUGGGAUACUUCGCACGUUUCGAUUUUUGAAACUUUUAUUUUUAAUUGCGAAAGGGAUCGGAUAAAAGCCGCUACUGAUCCGAAUACGCGACUGGUGUUGCGGAGUGUCUGGGACUGGCGCGAGCAAUUCAGCGAGCAGGAUAUUCUGCUCUUUUACAAUCCGUUUUUCACCCCGCCACCGCCGCCCUCGGCACCCGACGGUUCUCCACCGACGCCGCCGCCAAAAACCAAGUCCAACUUUCUGAAACCCUUGCACCACAUUCCUUGCCUAGAGAUUUGGUUGCAGUGCUACUUCCGUUGGAUACCACACUUAGUGAUCAACAAUGGCGGUCGCAGUCAGAUCGAAAUGUAUGCGAGGUUGCUACAGAACGAUAUCGCUCAGCUCGAGUUGGAUGUCAAAAACGGUGGUCCGCAGUCCUCUUCACCCGUCGACAAGAUAUCCACGUACCUGCUGCAGAUGAACAUCAACAGCUUCUAUCCAUUCAGCAACAAGAAAUCGGGUAAUACAGUCAGUACGCCGAUCGUCAACACGUCGUUCAUCAUGACCGAGAGCAUGAUUGAUGCUCAGAGUCUGCUCACAGCACCAGACUGAUGCGGGCGCCGGCGACUCGACGCCUCCGACUUUUACCUUCCGACUUCCUUCUUUUUCUUCUUCUUCUUUCUAACGAUGAUCGGCUAUUUCAUUGUCGAUCUAUUCCGCUAAAGCUACUUGAUUGUGGUGGUCACUUGGCCUAAGAAGUCUGACGUUGUAUUAAAGUUCGUGUUGAAGGCGAAUGAACAGAGAGUAAUUAGCGGUACUCAAAAGCAAACCUAGUUUUUUACUUGAUAUUUUGAGCUUAAACGUUUUUAAUCUAUUAAAGAUAAAUACUACAUCGAAUAAUGUGCUUUAAAGGAAUGUAAAAAGCAUGUAUAAUUCUAUUCUAUGGAAAGUUUGAGAAAAAAGUAAGUCUGCAUACUUUUAAAGUAGAUAGGCCCGAUGUCGUUGAUUCGGCAUAUGUAGCGAAAAUGUUUAAUAGAAAUGUUAGUACGAUGUCAUCUUGUGCGAAGUUGAUUACGAUUUUUACGUUGAUUUUAGUCUUUCGAAAAUUGUUGCGUUGUGAGUGUGACAUUUGAAAAGAUAAAAUCUUUGCACUGAAGAUUUCUCUAAAGUAGUAAUAUAAUUUUAUAGUAUAACUAAAAGAAUUGAUAUUAUUCUUGAAAUUUGUCGAGAAACUGUGUUGACUGUUUUUAAUUGAAUUUUAAAUUUUUACUGUAUAUUAGGUACACGAAACCUAAGGUAUAUAAAGGUUAAACAAACUCUUUUACAAUUAUUUUUAUCAACUUUAACUUCAAAAAUAUAUACCGUACGCAAUUUUUAAUCGAUUGAGAUUUUUUAUAUACAUAUAAAAUAUAUUGAGUAACAUGUAUAAGAACCUAAACCAAAGUAACAAUCUGCUUUUUUAUUUAUUGCAUAUAUUUUUGAAGCACACAAUAUAUAAUCUAACAAUUAAUAAAUCAAGUUUGAACAGAAUCCGAAAAAUUGAAGCGGUAAAAUUUCAUAUUUGAAUCUUAAGCAUAUGCGAUGAUAAUAAUGUAAGACUAAAGAAUUGAAUUUUGAUCUCUAAGAAAUAGAAAAAAAGUGAGUCUAUACCGAGCUGGAGAUCCGGUGGCCAUAAUGCCUACUGUACAUUUGAAAAUCAGCUUGCUAAUAUAUUCUUCUAAUAGUCUGUAAAGUGUGUAUAAGACCAAUAGAAAUUGUGAUUAUAUAUGCGAUAUUUUUAUCACAAAAUAAUGCACCAUGUAUAGAGAAGGUUCAAAAAUGAGUAUCGGACGUACGAGUCGUAGAGCACGCAUUUUUAUCAUUCUAAUGAUUUUUGGCGUUUCUACCAUAAUAUAUACCAUAUUAAGAGACCAUAAUUAUAUUGUUGAUACACCAGAGAAAAAUAUGCGCCCAACUUUGUGUAACGCUGUUUAGUCCUAUAUAAUUAUCCUUGUAUAAUUUAUUUGUAUUUAUUUUCAACAAGAGCUUAUAUAUUAGGAUAGUAAUUGAAAGUUCAAAAUACGUGUUGAAAUUUAAAAAUCUAAUUUUUUCAACUAUUUUUUUAAGGAACGAUGAAUAAAUUUUUUAAAAGCAA